ACGUUCUGGGUUCCGCUGGUGACGCAUCUGCGGCGCAGCCUUACGAAGCUGUGAGGACAACAAAAACUCAGCGGGAUCCUUGCAUUUGUACCAUAUCCUUGACGAACGACACACGACAGAACUAACGAACCAUGGCAGGCAGAAGAGGUCCUCCAACGGGUGCUCCACCGGCAUAUUCGUAUGUGAUGAGGGUUUACAAACGGAGUCUGCGACCAGUCGUCCUGGCGACGGCCGUCGUUGCUGCCUUGUGGUCUCUAGCACUUGCUGUUUCAGGCUAUAAGGAACUUACCACAGACGAGAAUGAUAACUUUCACAAACUCGUCCCGUUGGCAGCCGUGCAGGGCGCCUUGUAUACCGUUGUCUUACUCUUCCAGGUGUUCGGGAUAGCGGCGGCAGCUACGCAACGCACCAGACUCAUCAGGAUAUUCACAUACCUGUCCGCCCUGUCAACGUUGUUAGCAGUGGGGGUGGCGUUCAUGCGUGUUAUCACUCAUUUCACAUUCAAGAGCGACUUGAUUGCCGAGUGCGAGAUGUUUGGGUUUUGGGAACCUAGUCCAGGAUCUGACCUCGAUGCUAGUGAUGCGGUGUCAUAUUGCAACGACCAGUGGUCCCACGAUUCUUGGGCUGAAAUUCUCUUGCUUAUUUUGCUGAUCGUUGUCGGGCUGCUGUUUACCUCGAUUGCAUUCGCUUACUACCGCCAGGCGAUCGAUCCCACAAGUCCUGUCAACUCCUCUCGUGCACCAGCAAACCAAGUGAGGAUGGACGAGUUCCCCUCCUACAACGCUCCAUAUGACGUUCCUGCCUAUGCACCACCGGCUGGCCCACCACCGUUUGAGGGUGAAGGCAAGCCGCCGCAGUACAAUUACGGGGGUUACACGUCCUUCGAAGAUAACAAGGCAAAGGAAGAGGAUUCCAAGAAUGAUCCGUUUUCAGAUUAUGUGACGCCGCCUAUGCCUACUCAUUGGGCAGAAGAACGAGAUGUCACCUCCAGCAAGUGAGCUCGUGCUCCGAAAUACAUGGAACGAUUCCCUUUUUUUUUCUCAGCUCGUACAUUAGCCGAAUGAUGAGUACUGGAGACCAUACAUAAAUAUAUGUCUAGUUAGUCGCUACACCUUGUGUCAUAUACCGCUGUUCUUCUGUGAAAGCUGU